CCACAGUUAACAAAUCAUCUGAUUCAAGCUGCUACUUCUUCAUAAUCUGCUUCUUUAUCUGCACCUUGCUCCAGGUGAUAAUACUGUAGAUGGCAGCAUCAUCAGCAUGCCUAGUGGGUAGUGGUUUAUCUACCCACAGUACUAAACCAAGUUUGGGCAAAGAGAUCUAUGGCAGGCGCCUUUUUCCUUCCUCUAGCCUUCUGUCAUUGGGCAAGUUAUUAAAAAGAAAUUAUGUAACAGCAUCUCUGGAUGAAAGGCACCGUGAAGGAAGGAGAGGCUUUUUGAAGUUGUUACUUGGAAAUGCGGGACUUGGUGUACCUGCCUUACUUGGUGGUGGAAAUGCAUAUGCUGAUGACCAAGGGGUUUCUUCCUCCAGGAUGUCUUAUUCUAGGUUCUUGGAGUACUUGGACAAGGACAGAGUGAAAAAGGUAGAUUUAUUUGAGAAUGGAACCAUAGCUAUUGUUGAGGCUGUUUCUCCAGAAUUGGGGAAUCGGGUGCAACGAGUUCGGGUCCAACUCCCUGGACUCAGCCAGGAGCUCCUUCAGAAGUUCAGGGAGAAAAACAUUGACUUUGCUGCGCACAAUGCUCAAGAGGACUCAGGUUCUCUAUUGUUCAACUUGAUUGGAAAUUUGGCCUUCCCACUAAUCUUAAUUGGGGGUCUGUUCCUUCUCUCAAGGCGGUCAUCUGGAGGAAUGGGAGGUCCUGGUGGACCUGGAUUUCCUCUUGCCUUUGGUCAGUCAAAAGCCAAGUUUCAGAUGGAACCUAAUACUGGAGUGACAUUUGAUGAUGUUGCUGGUGGAGAUGAAGCAAAGCAAGAUUUCAUGGAGGUGGUGGAGUUUCUGAAGAAGCCUGAGAGGUUCACUGCAGUUGGGGCUCGUAUCCCUAAAGGAGUGCUUCUUGUUGGUCCUCCAGGAACUGGGAAGACCCUUCUCGCCAAGGCAAUUGCUGGUGAAGCAGGUGUCCCAUUUUUCUCCAUCUCAGGUUCAGAGUUUGUGGAGAUGUUUGUUGGUGUUGGUGCCUCUCGAGUCCGUGAUCUUUUCAAGAAGGCCAAGGAGAAUGCUCCCUGCAUUGUUUUUGUUGAUGAAAUUGAUGCUGUCGGCCGGCAAAGAGGAACUGGAAUUGGAGGAGGGAAUGAUGAAAGGGAACAAACCCUUAACCAGCUUUUGACAGAAAUGGAUGGUUUUGAAGGAAACACUGGUAUCAUUGUAAUUGCAGCAACUAAUCGUGCAGAUAUUCUUGACUCUGCCUUAUUAAGGCCAGGAAGAUUUGACAGACAGGUUACAGUUGAUGUUCCAGAUAUACGGGGUAGAACAGAGAUAUUGAAGGUUCAUGGUAGCAAUAAGAAGUUUGAUGCAGAUGUGUCUCUUGAAGUGAUAGCCAUGAGAACCCCUGGUUUCAGUGGGGCUGAUCUUGCAAACCUCUUGAAUGAGGCAGCUAUAUUGGCUGGACGACGUGGGAAAUCUGCAAUCUCAUCUAAAGAGAUUGAUGAUUCAAUAGAUAGGAUUGUGGCUGGAAUGGAAGGAACGGUUAUGACAGAUGGGAAGAGCAAAAGCUUGGUUGCUUACCAUGAAGUCGGCCACGCAAUUUGUGGGACCCUUACUCCAGGGCACGAUCCUGUUCAAAAAGUCACCCUUAUUCCACGUGGUCAGGCCCGAGGUCUUACAUGGUUUAUUCCUGCAGAUGACCCGACCUUGAUCUCAAAGCAACAACUAUUUGCAAGAAUUGUUGGUGGACUUGGUGGAAGAGCUGCUGAGGAAGUGAUCUUUGGUGAGCCUGAGGUGACCACAGGUGCAGCCGGUGAUUUGCAACAGAUCACUGGUUUGGCCAAACAGAUGGUGACCACAUUUGGAAUGUCUGAAAUUGGUCCAUGGUCACUAAUGGAAUCUUCAGCUCAGAGUGCUGAUGUGAUUAUGAGAAUGAUGGCAAGAAAUUCGAUGUCAGAAAAGCUUGCCGAAGACAUUGACACAGCUGUGAAGAGGCUUUCAGAUAGAGCAUAUGAGAUCGCCUUGACCCACAUAAGGAACAACCGCGAGGCUAUUGACAAAAUUGUGGAAAUCCUUCUUGAGAAGGAAACAAUAACCGGUGAAGAAUUCAGGGCGAUUCUCUCUGAAUUUGUUGAAAUCCCUGCUGAAAAUCGGGCCCCUUCACCUGUACCAUCUACAGUCACUGUAUAAGUAGCACAGGUCAUAAUGCAAAUGCAAUUUACAAUUCUCAUACAUCUUCGUAUGUUUCAAUGUAUAAUUUUGUAAUUCUCAUCAUGUGUAAUUAGGAAUAGCCAGUAAUUCUAUAUUUGAUCAUACUUUCUCCAUUUUCAAUGUUAUAUAUUUAUACCCAAAUGGUUUAAUCUGAUGUUUCGUGCUUUAA